UUGAGGUGACUUUCUCUCCGCUCUCCUGUCUCCCUCCCAAGGCCGAGCCACUGUGGCCUUCUAGCUGUUCUUUGGACACUUAGGUCUGUUUCUGGAACUCGGCAGGGAGGCCCCACCCCAGGGCCUUUGCACUGGCUGUCUCCACCCUGGACCCUCUCUCUCCAGACACAAGCUCACACCUUCACUUCCACCCUCUUUGCUUCUGUCUGAGCCUUUGGCCUUGGCUGGCUGUUUUCUAUCUCCCUUUCUGACCACUUUCCGCACAUUCCCGAGAGCAGGCAGGAGUGGUUCCCGGGCUCCUAGCAGGCACCCAGGAAAAACAGAGCUGAUCUGGAUGACAGUGGCUCCCAGCCCCAGGCGGACGCGCCAUGGCCCUCCUCAUCCACCUGCUGGUCUGCGUCUUCGGGAUGGGCUCCUGGGUGGCCGUCAACGGGCUCUGGGUGGAGCUGCCCCUGCUGGUGACGGAGCUGCCUGAAGGCUGGUACCUGCCCUCCUACCUCACGGUGGUCAUCCAGCUGGCCAACAUCGGGCCCCUCCUGGUCACCCUGCUGCACCGCUUCCGGCCGGGCUGCCUGUCCGAGGUCCCCGUGAUCUUCGCCAUCCUGGGCGUGGGGACCAUGGCCUGCGUCCUCUUCGCCUUCCUGUGGAGCCGGACGUCCUGGGUGAUGGGCGGCCGCCACAGCAUCGCCUUCAUCGUCCUCACCUUCUUCCUGGCGCUGGUGGACUGCACCUCCUCCGUCACCUUCCUGCCCUUCAUGAGCCGCCUGCCCACCCAUUACCUCACCACCUUCUUCGUGGGCGAGGGCUUCAGCGGCCUCCUGCCCGCGCUCGUGGCUCUCAUCCAAGGCUCGGGUGUCAGCACCUGCGUCAACGUCACCCAGACAGCCGAUGCCACUCUGCGUCCCGGGACCACCAGAGAGACCCACAUCACCCAGGGCACUGGCAGCCCCUCUCCGUCCUUCCACCUGGAGAGCCGCUACCUGCCCGCCCGCUUCUCGCCCCUGGUCUUCUUCCUGCUGCUGUCCUUCAUGAUGCUGUGCUGCCUCAUGGCCUUCCUCCUCCUCCAGCGGCAGCCCAGCGGCCGGCAAGGCUCCAUCGAGGACCUCCUGCAGUCCCAGGUCACCCUGCACUCCAUCCGGCCCCGAGAAGAGAGGGACACGGGGCCCCUGGGCCCUGGGGACAGCAACAAGGACAAGGAGCACCUGGAGCAGAAAGCAGCAGCCCCCCUCCGGCCGGCCCAGCUGGCCUUCAUCUACACCGUGGUGGCCUUCGUGAGUGCGCUCACCAACGGCGUCUUGCCCUCCGUGCAGACUUACUCCUGCCUGCCCUACGGGCCCGUGGCCUACCAUCUGGCCGCCACCCUCAGCUCUGUGGCCAGCCCUCUCGCCUGCUUCCUCUCCAUAUUCCUGCCUACCAGGUCUCUGCUGACCUUGGGGACCCUCACGCUGCUGGGCACCGGCUUUGGGGCCUACAACUUGGCCAUGGCUGUGCUGAGCCCCUGUCCUCUCCUGCAGGGCCACUGGGGUGGGGAAGUCCUCAUCGUGCUGUCCUGGGUCCUCUUCACUGCCUUUCUCACCUACAUCAAGGUGAUGCUGGGUGUGAUCCUGCGCGACCGGAGCCGCAGCGCCCUCGUGUGGUGCGGGGCGGCGGUGCAGCUGGGCUCGCUGGUCGGGGCGCUACUCAUGUUCCCGCUGGUUAACGUGCUCAGACUCUUCUCCACGGCCGACUACUGCAGCCUGGACUGCGCUGCCUAGGCCGGGGGUAGAGCACCAGCCUCCUCCCCC